AUGAAAAUCGAAAUUCAGGGGAAGAGUUUUUCUCACCUCCCUCAUGAUAAAGUCUUAGCUAUUAGUAUUUGUAACGGGCUUAGGCCAAAAUCUAAUUAUAAAAUUCCUCAACUAAUUUUGGACAUAAUUAAACAAUGUUGGGAUGCUGAUCCUUUAAAACGACCUAAAGCAAAUGAAUUAUAUGAUUCAUUAAGUGAUUUAGAGAAUAAUUUUAAUUAUUUUAGUGAAGUUGAAAAGCAAGCCGAAGAAGCAGAUAAAAUUAAUGAAAAACUUACUUCUACUUCAUUACUGUAUAAUGGUACUACUAUUUCAUAUACUACAAAUCCUCAAGCAGUUUACAUGAGUAGGCUUUUAGACUUUAAAAAUCUUCCAGAACCAAAAAAUGCUAUUGAUAACAAAGCUGAUAUUGGAGAAUAUUCAGAAUCCAUAGAAGCAAUAGAUUUCACAAAUCUCAACCUAGGUACUCAUUUACAUUAA